GGAGGAUUAGCAGCAGCGGCGGCGGCGGCGGCGGCGGGGCUGGCUGGUUUUGGCUGUACUAAUACUACUGCUGAAUUGGUGCUUUAAGGAUUUCCCUUUUCUCAAUUUCUUUACUUGCCUAUCAGACAUUAUGAGGAGACUGGCUUUUCGUGGUGCUGGUUGUACUCUGAAGAAGUUGGAUUCCAUGGGCUCCAAGCGGCGAAGGGCUACCUCUCCUUCCAGCAGUGCCAGUGGGGGAGAUUUUGAUGAUGGUCAUCAUGCCACAAGCACACCAGGCCCAAGUCGAAAGAGGAGAAGACUUUCCAACCUCCCAACAGUCGAUCCUAUUGCUGUUUGCCACGAAUUAUACAAUACAAUCAGAGAUUAUAAAGAUGAUCAAGGGAGGCUACUGUGUGAGCUUUUCAUUAGGGCCCCCAAGCGAAGAAAUCAGCCAGAUUACUAUGAAGUGGUUUCUCAGCCAAUUGAUUUAAUGAAAAUCCAACAGAAGCUAAAAAUGGAGGAAUAUGAUGAUGUGAAUGUGCUAACUGCUGACUUCCAGCUGCUAUUUAAUAAUGCAAAAGCCUAUUAUAAGCCAGACUCUCCUGAAUUUAAGGCUGCCUCCAAACUGUGGGAUUUAUAUCUACGCACAAAAAAUGAGUUUGUUCAGAAGGGAGAUGCUGAGGACGACGAUGAUGAUGACGAGGGCCGUGACAAUCAAGGGACAAUUUCUGAAAUAUCUUCUCCGAGUUAUUUAAAAGAAAUUCUUGAACAACUUCUUGAAGCAGUAGCUGUAGCCACAAAUCCAACUGGCCGCCUCAUAAGUGAGCUUUUUCAGAAGCUUCCCUCUAAAGUGCAAUAUCCUGACUAUUAUGCAAUAAUUAAAGAGCCCAUAGAUCUGAAGACUAUUGCCCAGCGAAUACAGAACGGAAAUUAUAAAAGUAUUCAUGCAAUGGCCAAGGACAUAGAUCUGUUAGUUAAGAAUGCCAAAACCUACAAUGAACCUGGAUCUCAAGUAUUCAAGGAUGCAAAUGCAAUAAAGAAAAUAUUUAAUAUGAAAAAGGCAGAAAUCGAGCGUUCGGAACUGACCAAAUCAAGUCUCCGAGUCAGGACUCCAAAUUUGACUGCUUCCAAGCUGACAGGUCCUUCCUCACAGGGUAAAGGCAGUGUUGUCGAUGAGAGAAAUUCUGCUAAUAAAUAUUACCGUAACAAAAGAGCUGUCCAAGGAGAUCGUUUAUCAGCAAUAACCAUGGCACUGCAAUAUGGAUCUGAAAGUGAUGAAGAUGCCGUUUUGGCUGCUGCUGCCCGCUAUGAAGAAGGGGAGUCAGAAGCCGAGAGCAUUACUUCCUUUAUGGACGCUUCCAAUCCUCUCUAUCAGCUUUAUGAUAUAGUUAGGAACUGCCGGAACAACCAGGGUCAGCUCAUAUCGGAGCCCUUCUUCCAUUUGCCCUCAAAGAAAAAAUAUCCUGAUUAUUACCAGCAAAUCAAAAUGCCUAUUUCAUUGCAACAAAUCAGAAUGAAACUGAAGAACCAUGAAUAUGAAACACUCGACCAUUUGGAAUGUGAUCUAAAUCUGAUGUUUGAAAAUGCCAAACGUUACAAUGUUCCAAAUUCAGCUAUUUAUAAGAGAGUAUUGAAAAUGCAGCAGGUUAUGCAGGCAAAGAAGAAGGAGCUAGCUAGGCGAGACGAUAUUGAGGACGGAGACAGUAUGAUCUCUUCUGCCACAUCUGAUGCUGGAAGUUCAAAAAGAAAAAGCAAAAAGAACAUAAAGAAACAGCGAAUGAAAAUUUUGUACAAUGUUGUUCUCGAGGCACGAGAGCCUGGAACUGGCCGAAGGCUUUGUGAGCUCUUCAUGGUGAAACCGUCCAAAAAGGACUAUCCAGAUUAUUACAAAAUCAUCUUGGAGCCAAUGGAUUUAAAAAUAAUAGAACAUAACAUCCGCAGUGACAAGUACUCCGGGGAGGAGGCCAUGAUAGAAGAUAUGAGGUUAAUGUUUCGAAAUGCGAGGCAUUAUAAUGAAGAAGGCUCACAGGUAUAUAAUGAUGCUCAUAUCUUGGAGAAGAUUCUUAAAGAAAAGAGGAAAGAGCUGGGACCUCUGCUUGAAGACGAAGAGGUUGCUUCCCCUAAACUGAAAUUAAGUAGAAAAACUGGCAUCUCCCCUAAAAAAUCAAAAUACAUGACUCCAAUGCAGCAGAAGCUGAAUGAGGUGUAUGAAGCAGUAAAGAACUACACAGAUAAGAGAGGAAGAAGGCUCAGUGCUAUUUUCCUGCGACUUCCAUCCCGUUCAGAGCUCCCUGAUUACUAUCUGACUAUUAAAAAGCCUGUUGAUAUGGAGAAGAUCAGAAGUCACAUGAUGGCCAACAAAUACCAGGACAUUGAUGCCAUGGUUGAAGAUUUUGUAAUGAUGUUCAAUAAUGCCUGCACUUACAAUGAACCAGAGUCCUUGAUUUACAAAGACGCUCUGGUGCUACAUAAAGUUUUGCUUGAGACUAGAAGAGACAUAGAAGGAGAUGAAGAUUCUCAUGUCCCAAAUGUCACACUGCUGAUCCAGGAACUUAUACAUAAUCUUUUUGUCUCUGUAAUGAGUCAUCAAGAUGACGAGGGCAGGUGCUAUAGUGACUCCUUAGCUGAAAUUCCUGCUGUUGACCCCAACUUCCCAAACAAACCACCCCUGACUUUUGAUAUCAUACGAAAGAAUGUAGAAAGUAACCGCUACAGGCGGUUGGACUUGUUCCAAGAGCACAUGUUUGAAGUGCUGGAGCGGGCAAGGAGAAUGAAUCGGACGGAUUCAGAGAUUUAUGAGGAUGCAGUUGAACUUCAGCAGUUCUUUAUCAAAAUUCGUGACGAACUCUGCAAGAAUGGUGAGAUCCUAUUAUCGCCAGCCCUCAGCUAUACUACCAAACAUCUCCACAAUGAUGUAGAAAAAGAGAAGAAGGAAAAGCUCCCAAAGGAAAUGGAGGAGGACAAACUCAAAAGGGAAGAGGAGAAGAGAGAAGCUGAAAAGAGUGAAGAUACUUCUGGAGGAUCAGGACUGUCUAGCUUACACAGGACAUAUAGCCAAGAUUGUAGCUUUAAGAACAGCAUGUAUCAUGUUGGAGAUUAUGUCUAUGUUGAACCUGCAGAAGCCAAUUUGCAACCUCAUAUAGUCUGUAUUGAACGACUGUGGGAAGAUUCGGCUGGGGAAAAAUGGCUGUAUGGCUGCUGGUUUUAUCGACCAAAUGAAACAUUCCAUCUUGCUACCAGGAAGUUUUUGGAGAAAGAAGUGUUUAAAAGUGAUUAUUACAACAAAAUUCCUGUGAACAAAAUUCUAGGCAAAUGUGUGGUCAUGUUUGUUAAGGAGUAUUUUAAGCUGUGUCCAGAAAACUUCAGAGAUGAAGACGUCUAUGUUUGUGAAUCACGUUACUCUGCAAAAACAAAGUCCUUUAAGAAGAUUAAAUUGUGGACCAUGCCAAUUAGUUCUGUACGAUUCGUCCCUCGAGACGUGCCCUUGCCUGUGGUUCGUGUUGCAUCGGUGUUCGCUAAUACAGACAAAGUCGAUGAAGAAAAACAUAUUGAAACAUCGGAGGAAAACAAAGUGGGGGACAAUAUCCUUAGUCUUGAGAAGGAUAAAGAAGAUGUUCCAGUAGAAAUGUCAAAUGGAGAACCUGGCUGUCACUACUAUGAACAGCUUUGUUACAAUGAUAUGUGGGUGAAGGUUGGGGAUUGCGUAUUCAUAAAAUCGCAUGGCUUAGUCCGACCAAGAGUUGGCAGAAUAGAAAAAAUGUGGGUAAGAGAUGGAGCCGCCUAUUUCUUUGGUCCAAUCUUUAUACAUCCAGAGGAAACUGAACAUGAACCAACUAAAAUGUUCUACAAGAAGGAAGUAUUUUUGAGUAACCUGGAAGAGACCUGUCCCAUGACAUGCAUUCUUGGAAAGUGUGCUGUGUUGUCUUUCAAAGACUUCCUCUCCUGUAGGCCAACUGAGAUUACGGAAAAUGAUGUUCUCCUCUGUGAAAGCCGCUAUAACGAAAGUGACAAACAGAUGAAGAAAUUUAAGGGACUGAAAAGAUUUUCUCUUUCUGCAAAAGUAGUAGAUGAUGAAAUUUACUAUUUCAGGAAACCCAUAGUUCCUCAGAAGGAGCCAUCUCCACUUCUGGAAAAAAAGAUUCAGCAGCUAGAAGCAAAAUUUGCUGAGCUGGAAGGAGGUGAUGAAGAGAUUGAAGAGAUCGGGGAAGAGGAAGGUGAAGUGACAGAAGCACCAACGAUGCCUCAGCUUCAGACUCCACUCUCUAAUGAAUUGGAUAUAAUGCCAUAUACUCCACCACAGUCUACUCCCAAGUCUACCAAGGGCAGCGUAAAGAAGGAAGGAUCGAAAAGGAAGAUCAAUAUGAGCGGUUACAUCCUAUUUAGUAGUGAGAUGAGAGCUGUUAUUAAAGCUCAGCACCCGGACUAUUCCUUUGGAGAGCUCAGUAGACUUGUUGGAACAGAGUGGAGAAACUUGGAAGCAACCAAAAAAGCAGAGUAUGAAGAGCGGGCAGCUAAGGUUGCUGAGCAGCAGGAGAGGGAACGAGCAGCACAGCAACAGCAGCAGAAUUCCUCCCCCCGGGCAGGCACUCCUGUCGGGGCGCUUAUGGGGGUGGUGCCGCCACCAACACCAAUGGGGAUGCUCAAUCCGCAGUUGACACCUGUUGCAGGCAUGCUAGGUGUCUAUCCACCAGUGCUGCCACCUUUACAGGGCCCAGUUGAUGGCAUUGUUAGCAUGGGCAGCAUGCCGCCACUUCACCCUGGGGUGCCUCCACCCCACCAACUUCCACCAGGCAUGCCAGGCAUCCCACCACCGGGUGUUAUGGGUCAAAAUGUUUCCUCCAUGGUAGGAGCACCAGCACCAGGAAGUCCAUUCGGGCAGCAGAUGGGCAUCCUUGGUCCACCAGGCCAACAAGCACCCCCACCCUAUCCUGGGCAAAAUCCAGCAGCUCAGCAGGUCAUGCAGCAGCCGACAACUCCUAUGUUUGUCUCCCCUCCACCAAAGACACAGAGGCUUCUACACUCAGAGGCUUAUCUGAAAUACAUUGAGGGUCUUAGUGCUGAUUCAAAUAGUAUUAGCAAGUGGGACCAUACCCUUUCAGCACGAAGGCGUGAUGUCCAUCUUUCAAAAGAACAAGAGAGCCGUCUUCCUACACACUGGUUGAAAAGCAAAGGGGCCCAUACCACAAUGGCAGAUGCUUUGUGGCGCCUUCGAGACUUGAUGCUGAGAGAUACUCUUAAUAUUCGUCAAGCAUACAACAUAGAAAAUGUUUAAUCUUCUUUUGAUACCAACAUAUAAAAUUUUUGUGGAACAAUAGCUGUUUUAGUUAUUGGUGAGGGGGGCAAACUGUUUUUAUUGCAUCUUACUGUACAUUGCAAGAUUGUUUUUUUAUAUAUAUAAGGACACUUUUAAUAAGCAUAUUUCACUUUUUGUUAUAUUAAGUUGACUUUUCUUAAAUAUACAGACUUGUGCAUAUAGUUCUUUUGACUUGGAAGAUGAUCUCAUACUUGGUUAUAAAUGAAAAACAAGGUUACAUCCUUUUUCUUCACACAGAGUUUCUGAUGCCAUCAUUUUUAAAGCAGCAAGUGUGUUUACAGUUUAGCUAAGAGAAAUGUGAAAUUACUCAUAGUUUACAUCUUAGCAGCAUUAGCAUCCAUGUGCUUGUGUGGUAGUGACUUCUGGCAGAUACCUCAUGUGAGCUUAAAGCAGUCCUCCCCAACCUGGGGCCCUCCAGGUGUUUUAGACAUCAUCUUCCAUCAACCCCAGCCAGCAUGGCCAAUGGUCAAGUAUGCUGGGAAUUGUAGUUCAAAACAUCUGGAGGGAACCAGAUUUGGAAAAGUUGGCUCUGAGGCUACAGGGAUAGGGAGUGGAUGGAAUCAACCUGCUAAAUCUAAGACCAUAAACGUUUGAUCAUUAAGAGGGUCGCAGAACUUGACAUAAAAGAAAAAAAUGAGCAAGGAAGUUCAGUUAGUCCAACUUCUGUUGGCACAUACAAGUUCCAACUGUGGUUUGUGUUGAAGAGUUUGCCCUAUGUGAAGAGCUCUAAAACCAUGAAAGCUUGUGUGUACUGCCAGUAGACAUUGGCCUAAUGAGAGAGUGCAUUAUGUAAUUUGGUUCUCUAAAAUGAGACUUGUGCUUAUCACCACAGCAGUUUGUCUUAGGGAGAUUCUAGAGGAAGUAUAAAUAUGAAAGGAUGCAAAUAUUCCUUUCUACUUUGAUAUCUAUCAUGAUUCAGUUUUUGUCGGGAUACAUAAUGCCUUUGAAUUCUCAAAUUAGUAACAGAGCAUUUAUUUUUAUUUUAUUUUUUAAAACGGGGUUUUUAAAUGUGCCAAGGCCUAUAUUUAGGAUUCUUUGUUGUAACGAUAAACUGAACAAAAAGUGGACAUUUUAUUCUCUGAAUAUUUUUAAGUUGCUACUGCAAAUUUACUGUAGAUCUUAACUGUGAUAUUGGAAGGUAAGUAACAGGACAUGCAGAAGGGUUACUUCUGUAUUUAGCAUCUUAAAGUGCUUAAUUAAUUGGCAUUGACAUGUGUAUGCUUUAUUUUUUUAAAAAAAAUAUUACACUGAUUAAAGCAUUGUAAUCCAGCUGUUGAGAAUUUUAACAUGCAUAACCUGUAUGACAAUGCUUACAAUCUCAACACAGCAAAUAAGGUUUAUUGGAAGAAGGGAACUUGAGCCCUGAUCCUGUAUAUAUUUAUUUAAAAAGUAAAUAACCUAAAUUUUAAUAUUAACUUCUAAAUAAUUUGCUGGGGAUCACAAGUUUAUGUGAUCCCCAGCAAAUUACAGCAGUUAGCUCCUUCAGGCAUGUAAAAAGCCCUAAACGAGGCCAGUUGGAAUCUUUGUUCUCGUAUUUUGAACAGUCUCCACCUCCCCACCCCCUGAAGUUAAGUGGCUAGUUCUCGGGUUUCAUAGUGUCAUAGCCUUCCUCUUUUCAGGAGAUGUCUGAUGAUAACAAAUGAAAAGUAUGAAUUGAAUCUAAUGGUUGUCCUACUUAGAGUAGACCCAUUGAAAUGAAUGGGACUUAAAUUAGUCAUGACUAACUUAAAUCCCAUUCAUUUCAGUGGUUCCAUUCUGAGUAGGACAAGCAUUGGAUACAACUCUAUGUAAAAUGUUUAAUAAAAUUUUAGUAAAACAAGUUUGAACUGGGAUAAACGUUGGAAAGGCUUAUAAAUACAAUGCAGAUUCAAAGAAACAAUUUUGAAAUUUUUGCACCAACUAACAGGUAAAACUUGUAUAGUGAGGAAGCAUUGUUUUUAGAAGCCUUGCUUGAUUACAAAAUAAUUUAAUGAAUUGUUGCCAUGUUGGCUUCAGAGAAUAAGCAGUUUACCAGGAAACAACUACUAGUAUUCAAAAGUUUAGUUUAUCUGGUCAAAGUUUAAUUCCAUUGUCUAUUUUAAAACAAAUCUAGAAAAAGUAAUAUACUUGAUGAUUCUGGAUCUGUUUCAGUGAUAAAAUGUAAAAUUAUGGCAACAAGUAGCUUAUGAAACAUAUAUGCCAAACAUUUAAAGAUUCAGCUGUUCAAAUGAGGUAGUAAUGUAAAAUACAACUUGAUUAACAUUACAAAGGGGAAAUGUUUUGUAUCCUUAACAUUCUAUAAACUGUGGUAUACACAUCCUUAGUUUAUGGCCCUUUGCAAUAUUUAAAAAUGUGAUGAGAAGUGCUGCUACCCCCCGAGGUCUGUGCACGCACCCAGGGUUGUGGAUUUUUUUUUAAUUGACUUGGCUGCAAGUCCCAGUACCAAACCAGCUUAGUGCUGGGAGGUGCUGAGCUGAGUGCAUGGGUGCUCUUCUGGAUCGUGGCCAGUGUGUUUGAAAUUACCUCAGAUAUUGCAGUUUACAACAACAAAGUCAAAAGAAGCAGGCAGCUAGUUCUUUAGUACUUAGAACCACCAUAGACUUUUACUAAUACAAUCACUUUUUUUAGGUAUUGCAAAAACUACACCAAAGAACCUGGAAUUUAUUUAUUUUUAUUUAUUUUUUUAAAAAAAAUAUUUCAAGAACAGGAUGAGACACACUUUGGAUGCUGUUUAAUUCAGAAGGAUCAGUGUUGAAUAACCUGCAGCAUUGACUUUUCCAAACAUUUAAGCUGAAGGUAGCUUCACCAUUCCCAAUAGCCCAGGAGUAAACAAUUAGAACUGUAAAUGAGGCCUUUUCUAUGGCAGUGCAGAGCACUCCUCCUAGAUCAUUAGGCUGGCCCUAAUUAUUUUAAAUUUAAUUUAUUCCAAAAUCAUGUCUCUGUGUACUGGGGGCAUUUCAAUAACAUGUAGGUUUUAAGUUUUGAUGGCUACAAUCCAGUAUUGCACAACCAGCUGACUGAACUGUUUUCUAACUCUUAAAUUGUUGAACAGGAGAACAAACCAUGUCUUAUUUGUGGCCAUUUGAACCCAUUGUUUUCCACAGCCACAUACUGUACUAGAAUAAAAGAACUUUGGAUAUUCAAAUAAAAGCAUGGGAAAUGGAUAUUCAAAUAAAAGUAUGGGAAAUGGCUGGCUUGAGUAAAUGGAAGAAUACAACUGUUGCAGUAAACCAGUUAGAAAGUGAUUAGCAGUUUAUCUCAUAUUCCUUCUUCCCCACUUUCUUCUUAAAGAGCAAAUGUGUGUAAUAAUUCAAGUUGAUGUUUAUAACUUUUCACCAUUUAUGAUUUUGGACCUGGUUAAUCCAUGCCUCAUUUUUACUUCUGGUUGUAUACUCCAAUGAGUAAAGUGAUAACUAGUCAAUGUGCAUGUACUAUCAGUUUGUUUUUCUGAGGCUUUUUUAAUUUGAAUAAAAAUAGUUUGAAAUUUG